AAAAACUGGCAUGUGCGCGAGGAUUUUACAGCAUCGCCACAUAGCAAGAGCGUGCCAUUGUUAUUAUACCUCAGUGGAGCCGAUCCUGCGACAAACAGAGGACAGUGUCAGCCAAGAACUAUUUCUCAAGACAUAAAAAUGCUGGUGAAAUCAAACAGCGAGUAUGACUCCUUCCUCUACUGGAGACAGCCCAUCUCCGCCCCGGACCUGUCCGAGUUGGAAGACCUGGGUGUGACCAAAAGCAAGCCAACCAAGAAGAGCAAGAAGGCCACCAAGAAACAGAAUGCCGCCCUAGCCAAGCAAAGGAAGCAGCAAGAGGCCGAAUUGUUAGAGUACACCACCUUCAACUACUGGAGAGAGCCUAUCCCCAGCAUCGACCUCCUCGACUUCAACCUGCUUCUGUGAGGACCAUCCCAUCUCAGCCUCCCAGUCAUAAGAACCUCCCUCUCCUCACACUCACCUUAUCUGAAUAACCAUGGCUUUUUGUCAAGUUUCUGGUCCACCCAAGAAGAAGUACUGAAUCUGUAUUAGUCUGUACUGUGUUUUUUUGUGUAUAACCUGUUAAUAAUACUGACAGGAUUAGGGGUAGAUGUUUUAGCUUGCAGGUGACUGGCACUGUGAAUGACAGUAUAGGCACUUCUGCUUAGGUUUACUCCACAUGCGGGCUACAUGACUCGUUUGGCUAAUGUCAACGAACAUAACUAGGUAGAAAUGGCAACAAGGUCAGCCUUUAAAUGAAUAUAAAUAGCUCCAUUGCAUACUGACUGCAAGGCUUCUGUCUCACAUUAAGGACUUACACAUUCAUAAUUUGUGAGGUAACUUGAGUAUGCAACAUCAUAUUUUUGAACACUAACAAAUGCAAAGUGCUGCCUCAUUUGAACUUAGUGAAAAUUCUUUCCCUUGACCUAAUACAUCCUUGAAGGGUAGUGCCAACCUGAGCCUUGGGAGUGUUUGCGUGUAGUAUGUAUAAGUAGGAGAACGUGAAGCAAAGCACCUCCACACAGAACAGAUAUUGUACAAGCACUUAGGGAGCCACAAACAUGACUGUCUUUUGCGCUUUGUAUUGGUUGCCUUAUGAUUUGUUUCAGACACUGAACUGACUGGCUCAAACCCACCCAAUGAAUUUUAUUUAUUAAGUAUGCUGCUUUCAGGCUGCCCUGAGUAGGCCUCAACUGAGUGCAAUGACUGAGGGUAAAUGUUAGAUUCCACAAUGCAAGUUGUGCAAAUGCAGAGCUGGCCAACUGUUUUCUUUAUUUUCUGCAUAGACUACUGCACUGUCCUGAUGUUUAGUUUGAAUGUCAAGGAAAGAAUGGAUGGAAAUGUUGAAUGAAAAUAGGGAAAUACAUGUUUUUAAUUGUCAAGACGGAUGCUGCAAGUGUUCCUGAAAUAUGGUAGUUCUAACUGGAUACUUGUAAUCAUAAAGCUAACUUUUUGUGAGAUUGUACAACGAGCAGUAAAUUCCCAAAUGUGACUCAUCAUACUUUGUCUUGACUUUUCUGAAAUAAAGGAAGAUAUCCUGUGCAUUCAA